UGAUGGAAACAGCAUGUUGAAGCAAAUUGGAUCGGCCAUUUUGUUGUACGGCCAUCUAGUUUUCUUUUAAUGACAUUAAAAUUGCAUCAUUAUUAUUUAUUAUUGUUGGGUGUUCCGGUACUAAGGUGGUGACACAAAGAUGGUGAUUUGUUGUGCGGCAGUGAAUUGUUCGAACCGACAAGGGAAAGUGGACAAAUCCGCAAUUUCUUUUCACAGGUUUCCUCUAAGUGACUCAAAACGACUAAUCCAGUGGCUUCGAGCUGUCCGUAGAGACAACUGGGUACCUUCCAGGUACUCUUUUCUUUGCAGUGAGCAUUUUACCAAGGAUUGCUUUGCCAAGAGACAAAAGGACCAGAAUAGGCUGCUGAAGCCUACUGCUGUGCCCUCUAUCUUUCAUUUCAAAGAAGAACGAAUGGCAGGGAGAGGCCAUGCCAAGGCUAAGAGGAAGGUUGCAGUAAAACUGUCAGAGGAAGAAUGUGAAAAAGACCAUCUCACAGUUGACCGGAGUACUUCAACAGCAUGUGAAAAGACCACUAAGAUAAAAGAGGAAAACGUGGCACAGUCCACUUGUGAAAGUAGAUGCAACUUAAACUUUGAUCCAAAAGAAACUAAUGUCCACUUACAGUGCGGAACAUCAUUGGUUGCGCCAUUUGAUAGCUCAGUAACUUUGUCCAGUCACAGAGAGCAACGACAGUCUGUUGAGAGCAGUACUCAAACAAAUGUCCACAUUGGCAGCUGGGCAGCAGACUCCAGUGGUAUUUCUGUUGAUGACUUCACUCCUUCUGCAUCUGGUGCUUGCAAAUUCAUUGGCUCUCUACACUCCUACAGCUUCUCUUCAAAACAUGCCAGAGAGAAACCAUCAUUCCCAAGAGAAGCACUGGAGAGAAAAAAAAUGAAAAAGGACACUGACCCUUUUGACUUUAACAGAGAGGGCUCCGAUAAGAGCUUUAUAGAAAGUGGAGUCCCUUUGUCCUGUACGUCUACACUGCUCCAAUCAUCUGAAAGUGCUGCAUCAGUCCCUGCUUUUAUUAGUCUUGGAUCUCCAGCAGAAGCUGCAGUGGAAGCGGUUUCUCAAGCAGUUCACAUACCAAAUGACCAUAUACCCAUCAGUGAUGUCCUCACAUCUGCUUCAGGGGCAUGCAGGCUCAUAGACUCUCUCCAUUCUUAUUGCUUUUCCUCGAAGCAAACUAAGAACCAGGUGUGUUUCUUAAAGGAACAAGUGGACAAAAAGAAUGCAGAGUUAAAGCUGUUGAGACAGAAGCUUACACGUUCUGACAAUCAGGUCAAAAAAAUGAAGAUAAAACUGGCAGAGCUAAAGAAGAGAGAGAUUGCAGCUUUUGGUUUGCCAUCACCAGACUUUGGUUAG